AUGCCAACAGUGAUACGACCGGUUAGCAAUCUUGAACGUUCUUACAUCAUCCUCCAGAGUGUCAGCAAUUAUUCUAACUUGGGCUUCACCGUUCGUUACAAAUGGGACGAACUGUACACUCUAAACUCCAACACCAACUCCGUGAACACUGAGCUCUCGAAGAAGCUAAUUUUGCAGGUGCUCUAUCCCACACUGACCAACCUUCUCCAAGACCUUCCAAACCUCUCCGUAUCCAUUCGCAAUGUUAACUCUGCGAAACCCCUGUUCAUAGGGCUCGAUGAGAUUGACUUGUCCAGCGUGGUAAAGUUCGUCUCGGUUUCCUCCAGUCAAGACUUGGAGAAACUGUUGGAACAAGAGCACGACUCGAAAUUCAAUUUAGAGGAUGAGACGAGACCGUUGUGGAGGGUCAUCGUGGGCAUCAAUAAAUACGAGAUUUCUCGUGAUUCCUCUGGGAACGGUGAGGAUAGUGGGGUCGAUGUUUCCGAGAAAACUAGAAGGCCGGACUACGAUUUUUGCAUUGUCUUCUGUUGGAACCAUGUAAUUGGCGACGAGAUGAGUGCGUUCGCUAUUCAAGGAAUGUUCUUGAAAGUCCUGAAGCAAGCGCUCCAAGAGUAUAACGCUACACCAAAAAGAACGACUCAACCCUAUCUGCCAUCGUCAAAAAUUCUCACCAAGAAUAUGUUCACCAAGAUGUGCGACCCAAUUGAGGAUUUGCGUGACCUCCAGCCUUCGCUUCUCACCAUCAUCAAGGAAGGAUGCACUGAAUUCCUGUUGCCGUCGUUCCUGCAGAAACAGUUGACCGGUCAAUAUUGGGCGGGCGACAAGCAUAUCAAUGAUACCCCCUAUUAUCAGAACAGGGUCAAGAUGUUUUCGUUGCCGCAGCGAUCUUAUGAGAAAUUGGUGGCUGUCAUCGAAUCCAACAAUUCCACCUUCCAAUCGGUAUUGAACACCGCCGUUCUCUUCUCCUCCUAUCAUCACCUGCUGACAUUCGGUGAGAUCAAGAGUAGAAAAUUCAGGAACCGAAAACGAGCUAUCACCGCCACCUCAAACAACACCUUGAAGAUAAUGACCCCGGUGUCACUGAGAAAUCACAUCACUCCCGAACUUCCGUGGUCGACAAUGGGAAAUUUCACCGCCGAGUUCCUCUUCUCGCAAAACGCGAAAACCCAAGUUCCGAAAGAACAAUCAGGUCAACAAUAUCAAUUUCUGGGAGUUGUGUCACAUGAAUACAAAGAUCUGGAGACCUUCUUCAGAAACAAAUCGAAACCGUACCCUAACGGCCGAGGUUUUUCGAUAAUGCCAUCGAAUCUAGGCAAGUUUCCGAAUUUGGAAUUCGAGUUACCGGAGGAGCCCGCGCCUGAGGUCAUGUUGCCGGUGACGCUGAAGAGUGAACGACAGAGCAGUCUGCUGGACCUGAUCGAGGAGGACAACAAGAACUCGGCGUUUUCCAGUUUGAGCGGAAAUGAGUACUAUGGAUUUGGCAACAAUCAGAGUAACUACAAUAGCGAUUCUUCCUUUAGUGAUUGUAGCAGUAGUGAUGCCGGUGAUUUUGGUAGCGCCAGUAACUGGGAAGUGGUAGAUAUGAUAUUUUCACAAUCGGUAUGGUCCGACGGACCGGCAAUUUGCUUGAACGCGGUGACCUACGAGAAUAGAUUUAACUUCACCAUCACCUAUCAAGAGGGAUCGGUGGAUGAAGAUAAAGUGGAUCGAUUGGGUGAUGGGAUCGUGAAAUGUCUAAGGAUUGUUGCCGAGAGGGGGGACUCGGAUAUAAACGAUAUCAUUUUCAUGUAA